UCAUCCAGUUUAGUUGUUCCACGCAACAUGGACAUCAAGCUGGUGUAAAUUUCAGUCAUCUGCUCUUCUAAGCUGUUAAAAUCUUCCAGAGAAAGGUCUUUCAUAUGAACAUCUACUAUCAUUUUCAAUUAGUUAUAAAUACGUUAAAAAAGGCACCUCUUAACUACUGCUUUAAUUUUCUCAAAAUAAUUAUCACGUUUUCUCAAUUGGCUAAUAGCAUUUUUUCUCAUUUUAGAAGUUCUAAAUUCCCAUUUAAUAGAAAUUUCUUCUCAUUUAUUUGGAAAACACAGUAUACUCAAUUAGUGAUAAACGUAAAGACAAAUAAACAGUCUUCGUAUAUGUAUUAUGUAAAGAUUUAAAAUACAUGAUUAUCCUUUUAGUGCCUACAUAAUUAUUU